AUGUGCCAUAGAAAGUUAAACAGUUUGAAGAGCAUGCGAGAAAAGGUCAAUUGGGAGAUUGAAGAUGAGCGACGUGAAUUUCUCAGGCAACUUUACCCUGUAAUCGACGGUUGGAAUGAUCUACUUCCAGAUCUCCGAGACAUUUUUAGUGGUGAAGAAAUUGAAUGGCUUCUUUCAGAAGAUAUGAAUAACUCGAAAGAAUCCGACCCCUAUGAUGAGAAAACUCCGUUUAUUGACUUUGUGAUCGACACCGGUUACAAGGACGAACUUGAAGUAGAUAACAAUCGCAAGCCAUCAUCGCGUCGCACAACACCAGUGCAUCAUGCGGCUAAGCACAAAUAUUACCUCACCACCCGAUUCGAUGUGAACUAUACCGACGAACUUGGAUUAUCGCAUUUUCACGUGGCCUGCAUGUACAACAUGAACGACGUGAUCGAGAAAUUCCUCGACUUUGGACUGGAUCCCAACUGCAUUCCUAAAGAAUCAAUCGAGAGCUCAGUUUAUCCACCGUUGCAUUUGGCUCUGGGUAUGGGUGACAGCUGGAUGACCGAACUGUUGCUGAAACAUGGUGCCGAUCCAAACUUACCCAACAAGGAUGGAUUGACCCCUCUGCACAUUAUUUGUCGGCAAGAGUAUAGUCGUGAUUUGGCAGAGAUAUUUUUUGCGAUAAAUGACGACAUCCAGCAGAUGUUGCAAGUCGAUGCUCCAGACAAGUUGGGUCGGACACCCCUUCAAUGGGCUGUGGCGAAUAUUAAGUCACAUACGGUCGAUGUACUUCUUGAUCGUGAUGCUGAUCUAGGUAGCUUCGUUUUUCCCACGGAGAGUCAUUUCGACGAGUACUUUAAAUAG